GUUUUGUAAUUUUUAACUAUGUCAACUUCUAAGCUUGUAAGAAAUAAAAUUCUCGUUUUAGGACGUCGUGGAGUGGGGAAAUUAUCCAUUAUAAAACAAUUAUUAUCAAUUACAAAUCAAUCAAUUGAUAGUUUUAACAUAGAAGACAAAAAUCAUUCAGGAAUCAAAAUACCAUUGAACAUUAAUACCAAAUAUUAUAAUGCAAAAGUAGAUUUUUGGAUUGAUGAAACUCUACAUAAAGAUCAUGUGAAUAAAGAGGUGAUACAAGGCUAUGAAAAUGAAGAAAACGGCAUUGGGAAAGUUGUAGAUGCCAUUCUUUUUAUAUUUAAGAAAGAUGAGCCGACAACGUUUGACGAUAUAAAAGUUUUCUUGCCUUUUAUACAACAAUAUGAUCCCGCCAUAACGUUGGCUAUUGGAACUGGAAAAAAUGUUCACAACAUUAAUGAUGACUCGUAUGAAGAUUGGUGUUUAGAGAAUGGGUUUGAAUAUGUAGAUAUGGAUACAAAGAAAGAAAAUAUAGAUGAACGCAUCGGUAUAGAGCGAAUUCUCGAAGCACUUCAGUCUAAUAUGUGGGAAGGAUUAACCCGUGUUUCACAAACCGCUAGCAAAAGUUCGAACAUAGAUGAUGAUGAUUGUCAUAAUGGGCUCAUUGAAGCUCUUUCACAAGCAAAGUUGAAAGUGGAUGAGGAGCAGGAAUCUUUAUCACCUCAAUUGCAUGAUCAUAAUUCAGCUCCAUUUGAUGAUAAUGAUGCCGAGUUUUUUGGUGAUGCAUUACCUUCGCAACGAGAAAUUGAAAGUAUGUAUAAUCAAAUUUUUUGUGAUUUUGACGACGAGGAUGGACUAGAUAAAGUAAUUGUACGAUUAAAUAAUUUACGAGAGAAAAGCAAAUCAUUAUCAGACGAAGAACGACGAAAAUUAGCAGCAAGUGUAGCAUGUUCUUUCGGAAUGCAUAUGAGAGAUUAAUUAUUUUAACAUUUUACAUAUAUAUAUACUGUAUAUAUAUUUAUAUUUUAUUCUAUUGAUUAAUAUU